CUGCCGCCGCCGCCACCGCCCCCUCAGCUCCCUACACCUCCCGCGGCAGAAGCCGGUUGGCAGGUGGUCGGGGACAAAAAGAAGGGGAAGAAGGCAGCCAAAAAGGCCAAAGAGCAGGAGCGGCAGCACCAGUUCAGGGCGCGCAAGAUCGCGGCUAGGCUCCGCGCCCCGAAGACCGCAGCUGUAGUGAUUACACUACAGCCGGACGCGGAAAAGAAGGGCGUUACCUACCGCGAUCUGCUCGCGAAGGCGAAAGAGGCGGUGGAUCUCGGGGAGCUCGGGAUCACUGGGGGCCUCCGGCUCAAAGUCACCCAGACGGGGGCCCGUAUGCUGGAGAUCCCCGGGGAAUCCAGUGGCGCGACUGCAGACGCUCUGGCUGCGAAGCUCAGAGCGUCCCUGAACGCGGACGAGGCCCGAGUGUCCAGGCCCGUUAGAUGCGCAGACCUGCGCAUCAUGGGUCUGGACGACUCGGUAUCGGAGGAGGAGUUGGUGGCCGCCGUCGCCAGGUCCGGGGGGUGCACUACUGACCAGAUCAGGUCAGGCGCCAUACGCCCGGAUCAACGGGGUAUGCAUGCCGCCACGGUGUGCUGCCCUGUUACGGCGGCCAAAACCAUAGUGGAGGGCCGAAGGCUUCUGGUGGGCUGGGUCUCAGCGCAGGUUAAGCUGCUGGAGCCCAGACCUCUGAGGUGCUACCGCUGUCUAGUGGGGCAUCACGUAUCAGUGAAAUGCGCCUCGGAGGUUGACCGCAGUGGCCUCUGCUUCCGCUGCUGUCAGCCCGGACACAUAUCGGCGACCUGCUGCGCCACGCCGCACUGUGAUGCAUGUGCGGCGACCGGCAAGCCAGCCGAUCACUGGGCCGGAAGCAGGGCCUGCGUGUCACCCGCCAAGGCCAAGGCCGCGGGUAGGGGAAGGCCCUCCUCCGCCGCCACCGCCUCUAUGGCCACCGCCGCAUCUGCAACUGCCGCCGCCGCCGCUGUCACUGUCGCCGCCGCCGCGGCCGCGACACCGACGCCUGCAGAGGGGCGCCCCGUGGAGGAAGCUGAAAUGGAAUGCCUAUAA